GUUCCAUCUGACUUUACUUCUCGCUCUACGUUUUAGACUCCAAUUUACGCGAUGGCGGCCGCCCUGUCUCUCCGAGCUCCGCCUCCCGCCCUUGCCUCCGCCAUCGCUCUCCGAACCUUCUCGACGACUCUCCUCUCCACCCCCCUCAAACCUCUCUUCGCCUCCUCCUCGAGGGCCUUGCGAUCGACCCCGUUCCCACCUUUCCUUUCCCUCCUCCCCUCUCGCCGUCUCGCCGUCCGCGCCUGCGCCGACGGAGGAAACGGUGCCUCCUUCUCCCGCCAGUUCGACUUCGACCUAUUCACUAUCGGCGCCGGCAGCGGAGGCGUCCGCGCCUCGCGGUUCGCGGCGACCUACGGCGCCAAGGUGGCCAUCUGCGAGCUACCGUUCUCCACUAUAUCCUCAGAAAAUGCUGGCGGGGUCGGAGGAACAUGUGUGCUUCGUGGGUGUGUCCCAAAGAAACUUUUCGUGUAUGCGUCUCAAUAUUCCCAUGACUUUGAAGAGAGUCAUGGCUUUGGAUGGGCAUAUGAAUCUGAGCCAAAGCAUGACUGGAGUACCCUUAUAGCUAACAAGAAUGCAGAACUACAACGUCUCACAGGAAUCUACAAAAAUAUCCUUCAAAAUGCUGGUGUCACUUUAAUUGAAGGCCGUGGAAAGAUAGUUGAUCCACAUACUGUUGAAGUUGAUGGGAAACUCUACACAGCUAGGCAUAUACUUAUCUCUGUUGGUGGGCGACCUAAUCUUCCAGAGAUUCCUGGUAUAGAAUAUGCUAUUGACUCAGAUGCUGCAUUAGACUUGCCUUCAAAACCUGAAAAGAUUGCAAUAGUAGGAGGUGGGUAUAUUGCUUUAGAGUUUGCUGGCAUCUUCAAUGGGUUGAAGAGUGAGGUUCAUGUAUUUAUUCGACAAAAGAAAGUUUUGAGGGGAUUUGAUGAGGAGAUUAGAGACUUUGUUUCUGAACAGAUGUCCUUGCGGGGCAUUGAGUUUCAUGUAGAGGAGACUCCUCAGGCACUUGUCAAGUCAACAGAUGGAUUACUAUCACUUAGGACUAACAAAGGAACAAUUGAUGGUUUUUCACAUAUAAUGUUUGCAACAGGGCGAAGACCAAAUACAAAGAACUUGGGACUAGAGAAUGUUGGAGUAGACUUGGCUGAGAAUGGUGCCAUUCUGGUUGAUGAGUAUUCUCAGACAUCAGUAGAUUCCAUCUGGGCUGUUGGAGAUGUUACAGAUAGGUUAAACUUGACUCCUGUUGCACUAAUGGAAGGAGGGGCAUUUGCUAAAACUGUCUUUCUUAAUGAACCAACAAAGCCCAAUUUCACAGCUGUGCCUUCUGCUGUAUUUUGUCAACCUCCAAUUGGACAAGUUGGUCUAACUGAGGAGCAGGCUAUCCAAGAGUAUGGUGAUGUUGAUAUUUAUACCACCAACUUUAGGCCUCUGAAGGCUACCCUCUCUGGUCUGCCUGAUCGUGUGUUUAUGAAACUCAUUGUGUGUGCAAAUACAAAUAAAGUAUUAGGUGCUCACAUGUGUGGGGACGAUGCACCAGAGAUUAUACAGGGGAUUGGUAUUGCUAUAAAAGCUGGACUAACAAAAUGGGAUUUUGAUUCCACUGUUGGAAUUCACCCAACCUCCUCAGAGGAAUUUGUGACAAUGAGGAACCCAACUCGGAAGAUUCGGAAGGAUUCGGCUUCAGUUGUGGAAAUGAGUGGCGACAAGAUAAAAUCAGCAGGAUAAGUAGUACAUCCACAUCAAGAGAAACAUCUCACUACCAGUAAGGAAUCAGAAAUCGGUUCUACAUAAGGAGCCUAUACCCAACGGAGAGUCUGAUGUCUAUGGUUAGGGUAUAACCAUUCCACACAAAAGAAGGAAAACAUGUUUUGCUUUUUUUUUUUAAAAAAAAAAAAUCUGUAGAAACAAAAUUCUGGGUUACUUACUCAUCUUCCUGCAGAGAGAUUAAGUAUUGGGUUUUUGUUUU